ACUUCGUGAACGUUUUGCGGUGCCGGCCGGUCAUGAAGUUUCGUGGGAAGAUUGUCGACGUGGCCUGUCUCGGCCGUUUCACUCGAGUGGUGAGCGCCGUCUCCAAGCUGACCAAGACGUGCGUGCUGCGUCUGACGGCCGACCGGCUUUUCUUCGUCCUCUGCGGCAAAGUGGCCGACGGAGGCGUGGCCGUGUGGUGCGAGCUCGCCCAGGCCAACAUCUUUGACGAGUACCGGUUGGAGGGCGUGAGCUCCCGGGACAACGAGAUUUGUCUGGAGGUGACGCCGGAGAACGUCUUUCGCGCCCUCAGGACCGUCCAGAACGCCAAAAGCGUCAAAGUCAAGCUGACCAAGAAGCACCGCCCCUGCCUCACCGUCGGCGCCGAGCUGCCGACCGCGUCGAGCGUCAGCCGCGUGGUGACGCACGACGUCCCCGUGGAGGUGGUCCCCCGACGACUGUGGCACGAGUUCAAAGAGCCCGACGUGCCCGACUUUGACGUGAGCGUCUACCUGCCGCCCCUGAAGACCAUGAAGAACGUCGUGGACAGGAUGAAGAACCUCUCCAACUUCCUGGUGGUCGAGGCCAACCUGAGCGGCGAGAUGACCCUGAAGAUCGAGACGGACCUCGUGUCCGUCACCACUCACUUCAGAGACCUGGGAAAUCCUCAGUGGGGUGACCCCGCCACACGAGACGGCGGGCGGCGGCGUGACGCGGACUCCGUGGCGCAGGCCCGCGUGGACAUUAGGAAGCUGCAGCAGUUCCUGCUGGGUCAGCAGGUCGACCCCAGCAGGGCCAUGUGCAACAUCGGCCACCGGAGGGUGCUGCACCUGAUCCUGCUCCACGAGGGCGUUUCUCUGCAGUACUUCAUUCCCGCCGUGGCCUAGACGCUCGCAGCCCCAAAAACACCCGGCGAUCACAAAGAGGACAAAACGAUGUCGAAGGUCACGUGCGGACCUUUGAAAAGGACAAACAAAGUUCAUAUUCAUAUGAUAAUGAAAUGUUUGCACUGGUGUACCUAAUGAAAUGUCUGGUGUGUGCAUUUAAUUCCUGUUGUGGGGUUUGUGAAUUUAAAAGUUGCCGCUCGCGUGCACGCGCUUUUGGGCCAGUGUUUCCAUGGCAACGGUUCAGCUUUGCAGACUCCCUCCGCUGCUCUCCAGUCCACGUUUUCGCCUGACUUCUUUCUUUUCUUCUUCUCGCUUGUUGAAGUAAGAAUCAAACAUCUGGGGCCUCAUGUACAAAGACUUUGCGGAUUUUGUUGGAUUUCCUACCCGAACACGGCGUACGCUCAAAUCCGGAAAACAAACGUAUCCGCAUGUAUGAAUGUGUGCGUACGCGUGAAUCUGAGCACGUUUCCUUCGUGCGUCCCAAUCGACGUGCAAUUGAGCGCGCGCGUCGGACAUUUAAAUACGCAAAUCGUAUUUAAAUGAACCCUGCACCUGAGAUCCCGAUCUCUGAAUGAUCAGAAAAAAGGACCAUCAUUUUUCUGACUGUCAAGUUGCUCCAUGAAGGGGAGGCGGGCAAGAAAGUCCUCGUUUGGGCCACCGGCGAAAGAGGAGCGAACGGGACGCCGCGCACGCGGAACUGAAAAAGUAGCGGUCGCACGUUCAUGCGGACGAGAAGCGGAGGACGGCGGCACACGCGCCGCCGGCGCCGAGGGCCUCGCCCCGCCUCCGGGAGAGAGGCGCUGCUGCGAGCGCACGUGGCAAAGUUAAUAGCAGCUAGUUUUCGAACUCAUAACAAACGCGUAAAUGUUGGAUGGAAUCAAGCUUUUCAAUUCUCAUAGAAGCACAACAAAGAGGAU